GUUGAUCAGGCGCUAUUUUUGGCCGGCUGAUUUCAGAGAUGUUCUUCUUCAUCAAUCAUCACCCAGGGAAAGCUCUUUCCGGGGGAUUUAAAGGGUCCAGGAACGUGUCCAGACCUUCCAGUGCCGGCGCUCUCUCCAGGGGACUGCUCGCGGAGCGACUUUUAUACUUGGACAAUGGCAAAUCUGGGUGGAGGAGCCAAGUGCGGAGCUUGUGAGAAGACGGUUUACCACGCAGAGGAGAUCCAGUGCAAUGGACGCAGCUUCCACAAGCCAUGUUUUAUAUGCAUGGUUUGCAGGAAGGCUCUGGACAGCACCACGGUCGCUGCACAUGAAUCUGAAAUCUACUGCAAGUCCUGUUAUGGGAGAAAGUACGGACCGAAGGGCUAUGGCUUUGGACAAGGUGCCGGCUGCCUGAGCACCGACACAGGAGAGAGAUUUGGGAUUGAAGCUGCUCAGACACAUCCGUCCCGCGGCUCGCCCACCACCACACACACCUCCAAGUUCUCACAGAAGUUCGGCACCACGGAAAAAUGUCCUAGAUGUGGAAAAUCGGUCUACGCUGCUGAGAAAGUGAUGGGAGGCGGAUUGCCCUGGCAUAAAACCUGUUUCCGGUGUGCAAUCUGUGGGAAAAGCCUGGACUCCACCACCGUCACAGAGAAGGACGGAGAAAUCUACUGUAAAGUUUGUUACGCAAAAAACUUUGGUCCAAAAGGAAUUGGAUUUGGGGGCCUGACGCAGGUGGAGCAGAAAGAAGGGUGAAGCGUCCUCAUGGUUUACGACGAGAAACGUUCAAAUUACUUGAAGAAAUUCGAUUCUGGAAAUACUCCCAUUAUAGAUCGGACCGCUUCUGGAAUGUUUGACAAUAAAGUUUGGAAAUAAA